AAAAAAAAAAAUAUAUUUUUUUUUCUAUUCUCUUUAACAUAGAUCAAAAUGGAUUCAGAUAACGAUAUUUGGGCUUCUAGUGAUGAUGAAAAUAACUAUGAUCGUAUCAUUGCUGAAAAAGAUUGGGAAAGACUUCAAGAAAACCAUGGCAACGAUGGAUAUAAAGAAGGAAUCAUAGAAGGGAAGGAAGUUCGUAUGCAACAUGGUUUUGAUAAAGGUUAUAUUGAAGGACUAGCUAUUGGAAAAGAAUUAGGUAUAUUACGCGGAAAGCUAAGUACUUACUUGACAUUUUAUAAACAAAUGGAACAUAAUGAAACUGUCGUCAAAGAAUUACAAACUGUUUAUGAUGAAUUAGAUAAAGUGGAUGUUCAACAUAUCUUUUCAACUGAAUAUUUUUCUUCCACUAUUUCCGAAAAUUAUAUCUCACCUCAAGAUAAAAUUCAACAAUGGCGAAGGAAAAUUGAUCAAGUGAUUCAAAAUACUACUACUUCAUAUUGAACUUAGUCCUAUUUUAUUAUAUAUAUAUAUGGAACAACUCAAUAUGUUUUGGAACAACUCAAAACUUGUCAAUCAAUGAUGACAAAGCAAAAGAAAAAGAAAAAAAAAAAAAAGAGGAUGGACUGUCUUCUUUUUUUCUUUUUUUUGGAGCUUGUGAUCUAUUGGAACUUUUGUAUUUGAUACGAACAAUUUAGAAUAGAUUGAUUGAUAGAUACAUUAUUAUUAGUUUGAUUCUUUAGGCAUCAUAUAAUUUUGUCAUUUAAAUGAAAUAAAAAAGAAAUUGAUAACUCUCCUCUACACUUUAAACAAA